GCUUUCAAGAUAAUAAGUCUGUGCAAGAAUAUUUGUAUGAACUAACAGAACUCUGGAAUAUCAUUGGAGACGUGGACGAGCGACAACGCGUCAUCCGGUUCUGGACAGGAUUGAAUGCUGAAUUGCAACAAGGUCUGUGGAUCAAAGAAUUAAACCCGGAAGUCUCGGGGUUUGAUGAAGUCCAGGCAGCCGCAGAGCUCCUAGAGAUUGCUAGAUCUGCCGGCUCAAAGGGGCGCUCGAAUCAGCCCAAACCCGGUGUCUCAGCGGAUUGACGGAGGCAUCCUAUUCGUCAUGAGCCACAGGGCCAAACAAAUAGCCCACAUCGAAACUUUGUGGACGGGGCACGAAGACAGACCCACCACAGGCCCAAAGGACCUGCUCCCGGCCGACAUCGGAACUCCACCGAUCAGUCGCGCCACCACGAGUCCAAGCCAGUUCGUGGAGAAAAGAGAACCCCAUUACUGAGCCUGGAAGAAAAGGAAAAACACCUUGUGGAAGGAAGAUGCUUCAUCUAUCAUGAGAGUGGGCACUUCAGGAGGAAUUGCCCAACGCGGGGUACGCUUACCUCAAUGAAGAAAGACCGACCCCCAGGAAUACCUAGCUAGGCUGUGGGAAUAGCGCCUGUUGAAGUUGUCAAUGUAGAGCAGCUUCAUGCUCUGGCAGACGCAACUGAAACUACUGAGAGCAUAGCCCUCGGUUCGCUGGUCCCGGUAAUGAUGGAGGAGAGCCCCACC